AACACUUCUAACUGAGUGGGAGGGAGGGAGUAGAGGCUGCCGGGGGAGCCGCUCAGGGGACAAGCAGGACAGAAAGAAUUUACAUUAAAUAAUAGGUGAAAAAGAAGAGCACUUCGCUUCUUUUCCUGGAGCCUGUGCUUGACUCCCUACCCUUGUCGCCUAGUUUUUUUCCCCUAAUAUAUACAUGGAUCUCUUUAAUAGCCGCAACAUGCUCCAGACUUUACCUCAUGCUGUUUAAUUUCUACCAGCCAGGACAUAAUUUACUGUAGGUUAAAUGAGGCAAGCAGCAAGAGAGCUGACAAGCAGAGUCAUUGAACUCCUCCCUCUGCUUCCUCCGUUCUUCCUCUGCCUGUAGAAUAAAGAGAAUCAACACUCUUCUGUAGUAAGAAAAUCACCUUUAAACAUUGAAUAGACAUACCAAAAAGUAAUACAAAGACUCACAGAUGAAGUGUGAAAACUGUACCAAAAAGGAAUGUAGUAAAAAACAGAAAAAUGAUGACAAGCAAAAUACAUCGGUUGAUCCACUGAGCACGAAUGAUGAAAAUGAGGAGAAAAAUGAAUUCCAUAAAUUGGCUGGUGCUAAAAUAUUCCUUAGUGACUGCCUAGCUUGUGACAACUGUGUGACAUCAGAAGAAGGUGUCAGGAUUUUCCAGCAAAAUCAGAAGGAACUCUUUCGCAUACUCAACCUUAACAAGAAAUGUGAUACCUCAAAACACAAAGUGUUGGCAGUGUCUAUAUGCACUCAGUCAUUGCCUUAUUUUGCUGCUAAAUUCAAUCUCUGUGUAAACGAUGCAGCCAAGAGACUCUGUGGUUUCCUCAAAAGUCUUGGUUGGAUCCGGUAUGCUGAAAGGGUGCUUACCAACCCAGUGACUCCACACAUUUGCACUGCAAAGUCUCCGCAGCAGAUCAUGGGGUCCCUGGUGAAGGGUUACUUUGCCAGGCAACAGAACCUAUCUCCAGAUAAAAUUUUCCAUAUAAUCGUGGCUCCUUGCUAUGACAAAAAAUUGGAAGCACUACGGGAAGAUUUUUACACCCCCUUGUAUAACUCUCAAGACGUUGAUUGUGUUCUAACAUCAGGUGAAAUUGUCCAAAUAAUGGAGCAGAAAAAUAUAUCUAUGAAAGAAGUGGCUGAAGCGGCUGUAGACAGUUUGUUUGGUGAAAUAAAGGAGGAGGACGUAGUACGGCAUGAUGGGAGGAGAUCUGAUGGGUACCUGGAGCACAUCUUUAAACAUGCUGCCAAGGAGCUGUUUGAUAUGGAUGUCCAGGAAAUCACCUACAAAAUACUAAAAAACAAGGACUUCCAGGAGGUCACCCUGGAAAAGGACGGUGAGACAGUGUUGCGCUUCGCAGCUGCGUAUGGCUUUAGGAACAUCCAGAACAUGGUUCUGAAGCUGAAAAAGGGAAAGUUCUUGUAUCAUUUUGUGGAGGUUCUUGCCUGCCCUGGAGGGUGUUUAAAUGGAAAAGGCCAAGCCCAGACUGAAGAUGGAAAACCUGACAAAGUAUUGCUCAGCCAGAUGGAGGAAGUGUAUGCUGCAAUUCCUGUCAGGCUCCCAGAAACCAGCAUGCAUGUGCAAAAGCUGUACCAGGACUGGCUGGAAGGGAUGGACUCCAAGAAGGUCCAGGAAACUCUGCACACCAAAUACUGUGCAGUAAAUCAAACCGCAAGCAGCAUGGAUAUCAAGUGGUGACAAAUCAGGCUUACAAAAGAUGGAAAAAACUUGCAUAGGUUAGUUAUGAACUCAGCACUGGAAACAUUCUAUGCAAUUGAGGAUGCUAUGCACUAGCCAAGUGUAUGACCAGUACACUUUUCUGAAUUGCGGAAUAUUACUUACUUAAUACAAAGAACCAUUGCUCAAUUUUUUAUUUUGAAUGCCUUGGUUCCCUACAGGGUCUGUUAGACUCAUAUUGUGCUUGACCUCCUGCAUAUUUGGGACUUCCUUGUUUAGUUAAGGUCUGAUCUUGCAAGAUAUGGUGAGCACCUUCUUCUAGGUGUACAAUGCCCUUGACUCGGAGUGAAGCUAACGCAGGCUGAGGGUUCUCACCACUUUUACAGAACUGGCGCCCUCAACCAGGAGCUAUUGUAGUCCUUAUGUAUGUGAUUCCUUUCACCAGGCAAGAACAGCCACCCUGGUUAGAAUUGUUGUGUUAAGUGUACCGUAAUUUAGAACUCUUUUUGCCUUGUUAACCAAAAAAUUAGGAUUUUACACAAAGCAACCGAUGAAAAAUGUAAUUGAAAGAUUUAAUUGACUCCUUCCACCCCUACACAAAACAAAGGUUUAUUCACUUACCAAAACAUUGGCAACAAGCUUCCUACAGACACACUAACCACAAGGGAGAACAUUCUGAUAUAAAUGGAAUGUCUUUAAUAAUACUAAAUGGUUGUAAUACAGUCCUUUCAUUAAGGAUUUUUGCUAACAGGCUGGUUUGUACAAAUAGUUAAACCAUGUUAAUCUCUCUCCUCAGAAACUUUCAUCGUGAAUUAAUCUUUUCUGUAACUUUUAUUUUCUUUUGUCUGACUUGUUUAUGAACGCGAGAUAUGGUGACCCCAUCUGCAGACAGGCAUGAUGUCGCCAUGUGCCCUGCAGUCUUCACCCUACAUUGGUUCUACGCUAGACCUCAGUCCUGAUUUAUAAUACCUCUGCUACUCCAUUUCUGGCUAGUCCUGAGCAUACACAGUGUCAGAUUGAAUCCAGAGACCAGAUAAAUUUGUUGAGUGCCUCUAACUAAAAUCUUAAUUUUGGAACAUUCUUGAGCUGAUAAGAAUAUAAUGUAAACGGAUAGUGCUAGUUUGGGGGCAUUUUUACAUACAUUACAUGGCUGCUUAAUUUAACAAGCUUAAAAAACGGUGCUUGAUGGAUGUAACCUUCUCUACAGCCUCGCAGUUCAGGGAGGGAUGUUUAAGGAUGUGAUGUGAAAUUCCAGCCAUUACAAGGCUUCCACCAGAUUUCAUAGCAGCCUCAUGCUUGUUUUGAUUAGUGGCUCUCUCAAAACUGGAAUGAUUUCAGCUUUCACAUUUUAUUGAGAAAAUAUGAAUGGGGUUUGUCAUGAUCUCAGGAAAUGCAUGAAUGCAAAUCUUGUGGAUUUCUUAAUAUCAGUUACUGUACUUGUGUAUGCACAAAGCUAAUAAUACAAGAUCUCGAUGAAGUAUAUUUGAAAUCAGGAUCUGCCCUUGGAAUGUGGGAAGUGAGGCCUUCAAUGCUUCCAGUCUUCUUCUUUUUUAAUAAAAAUAAACAGCAGAGUUGAUCAUAUUCCUGUUGGAGGCAAAAGUUUUUGACUUAAAUAGGAGGAGGCUCAAAACGAGGAGGGGAAAAAAAAGGGUGCUGAAAUAUGUGGGCUUGCUGGAAGGGACAACUGAUUUAAAAUGAACUUGUUGAUGUGGUUGCAGGUUUCAUCUAAGCUUCCUUUACUUUAAUAAUACUUUAUUUCAAUGCAAAAGGCAUGUGGAUCCGACUUGUAUGGCUACCUGCAUGCAGAGUAAGCCUUCAGGUUUGGUUGUUUUUUUUAAUAAAAUGUUACAUUUGACGCAAUAACUGAACAUCUAGAGCAAUCUACCUCUGUGCUACAAAAAGAGUUUGGAGCAGCAGGGAGAUCCUGGAAAACCUACACAUCCAAAAAAAAUUUAAAAUUGUCGGUUAAAGAAUGAUCUGUGGAUUACAUGAAGCUUGUGAACAUCUUCAGUACUUGAAAGCAACAUGACCCCUUCAGUUUUAAUUUCUUGAUCUAUUCUGAUAUCCCCAGAACCCUUCAAUGGAAUUACAUUGUAAUUAAGUUUUAUUGCUCUAAGUUAGUAUAUACAUAUGUUUUUAUAUGUAUAUAUGGCUUAAAACUGGUUGAUAUAUUAAUUUAUAUAUAUAGCUUCAGUUCUGUGUACAGUUUGUUUAUUUUUGUAAAGGAAAAUGUGGAUAUACUUGACAAUGUGAAAAACUGGUUCUCAGUUUAAAUUUUUGAUUAAAAUUUAGUUCUUCACUAUGCUGUGAAAGAACUAUCUUCCUGUAGGAAUCUUUAAGUA